UACAGAUUGUUUUAACAAUUUUUUAGAGCUCCACUUUUGGCCCUUUUUAGCUACAUUUUUUAACCAAAAGCGAAUUAUUACCGAUAUUUUGUAUCACCGUUAUAUCCCCGUCACACGAGUUCCUAACUCAUUAUGAAACCAUGGAGGAGCCGCUUUUUUUUUGAAGUUUUAAAAAUUUUAGAGAAUUCUCUCUUUCGGUGCCCUAAUUUUUAUUAGCGCAAGUGUUUUUUUGUCACUUUGAGUGGUCAAAGCGUUCCGAAUUUUAUCUGGAAAUGGAUUCGGAAGGGCAAAGACCAGCUUCAAACCCCACAGCAAUACUUGCAUCUCUGUUGAGCAAGCGCGAGAAGCUACAAGAAGAACUCCGAAGUAUUGAAAAGCAGGUCUAUGAGUUAGAGACAUCCUACUUACAAGAUUCAACACAAUGUGGGAACGUGUUAAAAGGUUUUGAAGGAUUCCUUUCUUCAUCCAAGAGUACAACUAAGUAUGUCACAUGUUUGAGGAACAUGUUGAAUGGUUUUAAUGGACCUUUCAUCACUUGGUGGCAUUGGGUUUCAUUUGGUUCACUUUAAAUCAUGCUUGCAUGUUCUUUCUGAUAUCGUACUGCACAUAGCCCUUUGUUGUCUGCCAAUGUGAGAAUAGUAAUGCUGGCAUCCUUUAAUAAAACAUUAGGGGCAUAUCACAUAACAUUUGGUUGCUUGGGGAAUCAUCAUGUCAUAUGGUAUGGCCUUGUUUUGGUGCAUUAAAUUUUAACAAUAGCACCAAUUUUUUCCUACACCCAUGAAAGAACGAUAGAUUUGCCAGCUUUGCACGCCAUAUCUUAAUUUUUUUGGAACCCUGCUUGUCCCCAUUGAAACUUCCCUAUUACUACAAGAAAAAAAACUUGCUUUUCCUCAGUUUUCCUCUAUUCCAAAAAACAGAGGAUUCUUGAUAUGAUUAUGAAUUUAUGACCGUUUAUGAUGACAGAUUUUCAGGUUUGUCUUGUCCAUAAAGUUAAGGAGGGUUAUUUCUUUGGUAUAACUAUUAAACUCUCCAAAGAGGGAUUCAGAUUACGCACUUUCUUAUUUACUGAAGUGUCAAUUGUAAUAUGAUGAGAGUUGAUUGUUUAUUUUAUUUUCCAUAAUACCAUUCUUGGAAAGAAGAAAGAACUUCUCUGUAAGACAUGAAUUGAUGAAGUUUAUACUCAUUUUAUUAAAUGAUUGGUUCGUCAAUGGUGAACAUGAAGGCAAAAACUUUAAGCAUUUUUUAUGUAUGAAAAGAUAGAAACUAAACAUGUGUUUGUCUUAUGAACUAAUUGUUUUCGUCCCUGCGUGCUUUCGCAAUGUAUAGUACAAGCAUUUAUAUUCAUGGUUUAUUUAUUGCAUAAAAUGAAUCCAAAUGUUUGAGUUUAUUGUUACGCUGUUAGUUUUGAGAAUUUAGAAUCAACGUUAUGCCCUCUCUUUCCCCUGAAAUUGAAAGCAAUUCAUAAAUUUGCGUGAAAUCUCUUCUAGUACCAUUACUUGCAACCAUUGAAGCACACCUGUGUUUUCAGAUAUUCCCUUCAAAAUUUCAAACUGAAGACUUUAUUAUCAACUUUUAGCUGCGUUGCUGCAUACCAAAAUCAAGUGCUCUCGAUAAAAUUCUCUUAAGUGGUUCUCAUUUUGCUUUGUUAAAAUCUUUGUUUUGGGUGGGUUGGGAGGCAUUUCUCUGGUUCUGAAUUCUUUCAUGAAUCCCACAUGCAGUGAAGGGCCACUAGAGCUAGGAUUUCAAUGAUUUUAGACAUGAGUAAGCUAUGCAACAUAAACUGCCGUUCACUCAUUCUAAUUACCAUGCUAGAAUGUAGUUCAUAUUGAGGAAUGUGGUCACUUUUGGAUAUUGAUAGGGUUAAUGGAAUUCCCUUAAUAUCAACAGGGCAUAGUUAGAAAGUAUAAUUACUCUCUCCUUGGUGUUUGCUGGCCACCAUGUUGAGCCCCACUUGGCGACACCCUUUGCCCUGCAUGUGAAGAAGCCAACAAAUGACUGAUCUGACUUUGGUGGCUGAGGUCUUGAGUAGACUUAAGUGAUGUCUCUUGGUGCAUCAAGACCUUGGCAUCUCACCUGAUUCUUUCGAGGUGUACGUAUAGUCAUCGUAAUCCUGAGUCCUCACAUAUGCAAGAACAUGGCCAUAGCUUGCUUAGGUCAUCCUG